GCGGUGCUCAAGUAUGCCCAAGUCUGAUUGAUACUUAGAAAUUGAGUGUGAACAGAGUAAACGUCUAGAUACACGGCUAAAGUUGUAUCAUUUAUAGGAGCGCUGCUUGCUCCUCUUGUGUAUUUGUCUUAUGAGUCCAGUAUGGAUUUACCUGUUUGCUGCACUUUGUGCUCUUGUCUUGCCAGGUGUAUAUCAGGUGGAGGGAAUGGAGGUACUUGUUUCAAAAGAGAUUGAGGCAGUCAACGGAACAGAAGUACAGCUCAAAUGUACAUUUAAAUCCACCCAUCCGCUGUCUGAAGACAGAAUCUCUAUAUCCUGGAGUUUCCGGCCCCUCGGAAAGGCAACAGAAGAAUCGUUUUUUCACUACCAGGUAAUAGCAUAUCCCCCAUCAAGUGGCCUGUUUAAGGGUCAUGCUGUAUGGUCUGGUGAUGUAAUGAAGGGUGACGCCUCCAUCACACUGCAGGAUGUACAGUUCAGCUUAAAAGGUAUCUACAGCUGCCAAGUCCGAAAUCCACCCGACAUCCAGGGCUAUGCAGGUGAAAUCAACCUCAGAGUCAUCCAAAAAGUGUUCUUCUCUGAAAUUGGAAUUCUGACAAUAGCUGUGGGUGGAUCUAUUGGCGUCAUUUUUCUCAUCCUCCUCAUCUACAUCAUUGUUCGGAAAUGUGUAUGUACAAACAUGUACAGAAUUGGCAAAUAGCCUACAGAUGUGGUUUGUUCAUUUGUAGCGCUGCAUGUCGUAUGUCUGGGUUUGUUUCUGUGUAAGUAUGUGUGGUUCAUGAACCAGUGUGACAAAGGAGGCUAUCCGAUUAAAUAGCUCACCAAAGGUUCUGGAAAUGUACUUGUAGCUUGGGUGGAGUGGAUCAGAUAAUAACCAUAAACAUGAUUUAACACAUACAAAAACUGCUGCAUAAACCUCACAUCUUAAAGGGUCAUGGGAUUCUUUGUUCAGUUAUAAUGCUGCUGUUCCAGAAUGUUUUGCUGUUAAGCAAAUGCUUGUUAAAAUCUACAUACUGUGUUUUGUGUUGAUGAUGGUUCUAUUGAUUUCAUUUUGCAAA